AUGUCUUUAUAUAAAUUACAAAACAAAACCUUUGAUAUCAAUGCAAAACAUAGAUAUUUGAAUUUCACAGCUUAUUAUUUUGAUAGGAAACAGUUUAAUUCUUUGGUAGAAAAAUAUUUUAAAAGUGAUAAAAAUCCUUUUCGUUACAUCAAAUAUCAAUAUGAGAGAAACUACAAUCCCCAUCAAGAUCAGUUGGACAUUCACAUCCAAGGACUUUUAAUUCUCAAAGAUGCAACAAGAAUUGGAAAUUAUUUAAAAGCUGGUGAAAAAAAUAGAAAAAAAGAUAGCAUUUCGGGUGUAAAAGGUCUUUUAGAAAUGAAUAAAACUCAUUUUGAAGGCAUUGCAAGUAUUGAGGAUUCUGUUCUUUAUACUGGAAAAGACUACAACAAAUGUUCAUUGCAUCACAAAAAACCCAUUAAUCCAAAUGAUCCAAAAAGCAAAAUUAUUUUGGAUGGUGAUGAGUUGGAUAAUGGUGAGCUGGAUGAUGAAUUGGACGAUUAUGAGCCGAAUGAUGAAAUUGAUGAUGAACUAGAAGACUUCGAGCCAGAUUAUUAUGAUGAAAAUAUUAUUGAUUUUUUGAAUUUAUUUAGUAGUAAAAAUACUUCGGAGUUGAAAAUGAUGAAAAUAAAAUAUUUGGAACAUGAGCAUCGUGGAAUUGAAGUCAAAUCAGAUAUUGAUUAA